AUGAAAUACCCUCACGGCAUGAUUAUCAGUUUCUUCAAUGUUUCCUAUAAAGUGAAAAUAAAACACGGUUACUUUUAUCGACGUACCAAAUCCACUAAGGAGGUCUUAAUUGGUGUCAGUGGGAUCAUGAAGCCUGGCCUGAAUGCCAUCAUGGGCCCCCUGGGUAGUGGGAAAACCACGUUAUUGGACAUUCUGGCUGCGAGGAAAGAGCCCUCAGGGUUUAGUGGGGAGGUCCUCGUUGAUGGUGUCCAGCAACCAACAAACUUCAACUGCAUCGCUGGAUACGUCGUAUAUGAUUACAUGAUGACUGGGACUCUGACUGUGAGAGAGAACUUAGAAUUCUGUGCUGCACUGAGGCUGCCUAAGAAUCUCACCAAAUCUGAAAGAACAAAACGAAUCAAUAAACUUAUUGAAGAGCUUGGACUCAGUAAAAUAGAGAACUCUAGGAUUGGAACAUCGUUGACUCGUGGUGUCUCUGAUGGAGAGAAAAGAAAAGCCAGUAUUGCGAUGGAGCUGCUGAAGGAUCCUGGUGUUCUCUUCCUGGAUGAACCGACAAGUGGUUUGGAUACUAGUAACGCAAAUGCUGUUCUGCAGUUACUGAGAAGGUUAGCACGGCAAGGGAAAACUAUUAUCUUCUCAGUUCACCAGCCUCGCUAUUCAAUGUUUAAACAAUUCGACUCCCUGACACUGCUGACCAAUGGCAAAGUAAUGUACCAUGGGCCUGCUCGGAGCUCCAUUGAUCACUUUAAAGCAAUGGUCCCAAUGAGACCACCACAUUUACAGGCUGGAUCUGGGCUGUUGUUUUUUAUUGUUAAUUGCCAGAUGUACAGCAGUAUCGCCAGCAUUGAACUUCUGGUCACAGAAAAGAAGACUUUAAUCCAUGAAUAUAUCAGUGGGUACUACUCAUUGCCAGCAUACUUCAUCUCCAAGUUAUUAUUUGAAGUGAUCCCUCUGCGGACAAUGACGAGCAUUAUUUAUAACAGCACAACUUACUUUCUCGCAGGUCUGAAACGGACAGUUCCUGCGAUUUUUAUAUCGAUACUCACCUUGAUCAUGGUCUCAUACACCUCUUCAGCUUUGGCCCUGGCAAUUGCAGCUGGUGGGAAUUCUGUAACUAUUGCGAUCAUCAUGCUAUCGCUCACUUUCGUCAUGAUGACGAUCUAUUCUGGAUUAUUGGUGCAUCUGCCAGGAAUGGUGAAAUGGCUGAGCUGGUUACAAUACCUCAGCAUCACUCGCUAUGGAAUCACUGUAAGUGGCUUGCAAUUAUAA